AUGCAAUUGAUCAGUAUCACAUUUCUCUUCGUACUUCUUGUUACGGUAAUAACAACAAAUGCUGCUGUAACACGACCAACACAAACAACCCGUUCACGAGAAACGAGAAGUUCGAAAGGUACUGCGACACCAAGUCGUAGUGCUGGUGUUUCCGUUCGAAAUGCCACAUUGACAACACGUCAAGAUGCGCGAUCAACAGUAACAAACAAAGGGACCCGAUCGUCCACACCAAGUAGAACGACACGUGUACCAGCGACGCGCACACGCACCUCUCGUGCUACAUCAACUCAGAAGACGGUUCGAACAAGAACUACGACUUCGAAACAAAGAACGAGUCCGACUACAACUAUUCGACCGAGAACAACAACAACAGCAAAACGUCAAAAACGUUUGUCGGCAUGGGAUUGGGAUUAA